AUGUACGAAGGGAUUGACAACCUGAAAUCCCUUUACGACCGUGCCGGGAAGACUUUCUCCGGCGGUCCUUCUGCGGCACAGGAUGUGUCGCGUCGUACUGCUCGACCAGACCCAGUACGUCAACCAUCAAUUGGGAGCGGGGCUCCCAAGAAUCCCAGGACGGGGGAUAGCCGCGCCACCGGACGAGAUAACUCGUCCGACGUCCGUUCACGUCGCGGUGGUUCAACAGCUGCUCUACUAGAUAGCGCUGGCCACCGCGAGAGUCCUCUAAUGGAGGUGGAGGAGGAGGAAAGACGCUCUCCACACGAUCAUGUGGAUCGGUGUGUUCCCGAGAGUUCUUUGAUCGCGUAA